AGUAGAUGGAUGACUGCUUGAAGACAUAUUAGACUGGUGAUGGUUGGAAGACAGUGGGACAGAUGAAGUGGUGGAACCGUUCGUGCAAAGCAGAGUGUGGUGUCGACCUUGACACAUUCGACAACUGGAAGAUGAUGAGCAAUCUUUGGAUAGUUAGCGCCACAAUGUCAACAGCCAAACGGCUGGUGUUAUCGCUAAGAGGUCGCAAGGAAUCUCAGAGCACCGCGGGAGCAUCCUCCACCCGAUUGGUAUCUUCGGUGAACAGCACCUCACCCGGCCACGAACUCGACGAGAUUGCGGUGGUCUCCGGGGGCGCUGAAUCGAGUCACAUCUCCUACGGCAGCCUCUCGCUCGGUCAAACCAAUGGACCACGCUACAUACCAGAUGAUGAUGGCAAGGCAUGUUUUGACGAUUCGAAACUGUCGCGACAUCACUCGCACUCCCUCAACGGAACGGAUGCAGCCAUAAUGCAUCUGGCCCCUCCGCCCCUCGAAGCCGUUGGGUCCGACUUCAAUACCAUUCAAACGUCCUCGGAACACAACCGAAACUCUGUGAGCCGUUCAAGUCUCAUGGAUAUCGUUAGUGCCAAGCUCGGCAUGACUGGUCCCCAGCUGGGCCAGAGCAUCUCGCAGCAAGGAUUCUUCUCGUCACGUGAUAGCCUGGCGGCAUCGGCUGCGUCCCGGCCACUGCAUUCCCAUGUAUCCGCCACCACCUCGGAGAUGGACUUGUCCCGCAAGGACCGGAAGCGGGAGCGUAGCAAGCUGAAAUCAAGCGACCAGCCCUUGCUGGGGUCCUGGAGCCGCAGUGGGCCGCGGGAGUCCGCUGCGCACACCACUGCAUCUGCUGCGGCGGCGGCGGCAGCAACCAGAGCCUCCAGUAACCACCUGGCAGCGCCCUGCGGGACCGGAAGCACCUGCAACGGGGCCGAUCGAUAUACGUUCGGUCGCCGUUCCGGCUGUUCGACCUCGUCCCGCAAGUCCAACGGCCGGCGCUGGUCGUUCGUGUUCGACCCGGCCGGUCGACUCUGCUACUACUGGUCCAUGGUGGUGUCGAUGGCGUUCCUGUACAACUUUUGGGUCAUCAUCUACCGGUUCGCCUUCCAGGAAAUCAACGGCGAAUCUAUCGUGCUGUGGUUUUGUCUGGACUACUUCUCGGAUUUUUUAUACCUCGUAGAUAUUCUGUUCCACUUUCGUACGGGUUACCUCGAGGACGGCGUGCUGCAAACCGACUCGACCAAGCUCCGGCAGCACUACAUGAACUCGACAACGUUCUACAUAGACUGCCUUUGUUUAUUGCCGUUAGAUUUUUUAUACUUAUCGAUAGGAUUCAACUCGAUACUGAGAUCGUUUAGGCUAGUCAAGAUUUAUCGAUUCUGGGCCUUCAUGGAUCGCACCGAGCGACACACGAACUACCCGAACCUGUUCCGUUCGACCUCACUGAUACACUAUCUGUUAGUUAUAUUCCACUGGAACGGUUGUUUAUAUCACAUAAUCUAUAAGAAUAACGGUUUCGGCUCGAAGAACUGGGUGUUCCACGAUUCGGAAACGGCAGACGUGGUGAAGCAGUAUCUGCAGAGCUACUACUGGUGCACACUGGCACUGACCACGAUCGGUGACCUGCCGCGGCCGCGCUCCAAGGCGGAGUACGUGUUUGUGAUAGCGCAGCUGCUGUUCGGCCUGAUGCUGUUUGCGACGGUGCUCGGCCACGUGGCAAAUAUUGUCACCUCGGUCAGUGCUGCCCGCAAGGAGUUUCAAGCCAAGCUCGACGGUGUGAAGACCUACAUGCGCAUGAGACGGGUCCCCAAUCAUCUCCAGGUGAAGGUGAUCAAAUGGUUCGACUAUCUCUGGCUGACGCAAAAGUGUUCAGACGAGGAGAGAGCGGUAUCAUGUCUUCCUGAUAAAUUAAAGGCUGAAAUAGCUAUAAAUGUUCAUUUAGAUACACUUAAGCGAGUAGAAAUUUUUCAAAAUACCGAAGCGGGCUUUCUGUGCGAACUGGUGUUAAAGCUAAGGCCGGUGCUGUUCUCUCCAGGCGAUUUCAUCUGUCGGAAAGGUGAAGUCGGCAAAGAGAUGUACAUAGUCAAUAGAGGAAGACUGCAGGUUGUCGCAGACAACGGAAAAACUGUUAUGGCUUCGCUAAAAGCCGGGUCCUAUUUUGGCGAAAUCAGUAUCCUCAACAUGGGUACGGCAGGGAACCGCCGGACAGCCAGCGUACGGUCGGUGGGCUACAGUGAUCUGUUCGUGCUCAGCAAGAAGGACAUGUGGGACGUGCUGAAGGAGUACCCGGCGGCGCGGGUGCGGCUGGAGGCAAUCGCAGUCAAGCGGCUCGAAAAGUACAAGAAGGCCCCCCUCGAGAAAGUCGCAAUGGGACGCUGCCAGUCGACGCCCGGACUAGUGGAAACGCGGGGCCGGACCACCAUCGAGGACAUGUGGAUAUCUCCGACGACUGCGAUAACGUCCGCUAGCUCGAUGGUUCCUGCAUAUCCACCGCCGGCGGGCAGCCGCAUGACGAGUCCGCGAUCUAGGAGAGGCGAUCUGAUGAGCAACCGGCAACCCCUGUCGCCCGGCUCGGUUAGCCCCAGUGUACAUAGUUCCGAAGAACGGCCUAGAAGUCGAACGACUUCCCAUCAAACUUCCCGACCACAGUCACAGCCCAGCAGGACAGGUCCGCCCUGUGACUCCCUGACCCAUAUCGAAUCGUCCGGUGCGACGCCCCUGCUCGGGUCCCACGAAGCCCUCGAAGGUGAAAUCAAGCGGCUGCGAGAGCGACUCCACACGGUCGAGUCGGAGAAUUUUACCCUGAACGCCAAACUUGCCCAACAGCAGUGGGAGGUGGAACACCGGUUGGCGGAGAUCGAAAUGCAGAUCUGCGGUGCCUCGUCCGCGUCCAGUAUGAGCCAGGAGAACGAAACCGAAGACCUGGAACGGAACCGGGAGAGUAUCAUAUAACACGGAAGCGAGCUGCCUCAAAAAGUUGCCCUGGUGUAUGUGCGAUGUAUGACUUGAAUGGCGUACCAUUGUUCGUUUCUUUUCGUGACGGAGUUGUGCAAAGGUGGAGCACGCUGCAGGUGGAAGGGAAAGCUGAUCGGAUCGGCCGGCGCGGGAAGUUCGUUCUGUUGUUCUUGAGUUAAACUGUCUGGAUUCCUCUAGAAAAUGCACUCGCAAAAGCUGUAGCUACCGGUGCAGACUUCUGCUUGGUUCGAUUUCUGACUAUAAAUAUCUACUAUUGAAUAAAACAAACACACAUUCCGUGACACAGCAUUACGGGUCAUCUUUGACAAAGGCAGCUACUCUAGAGAACCACGGAAGCACGCAGGAAACAAAAUCUUCUUGAAAUCCGAGAAGGUUGCCGUAUUUGUAGAGAAAUAUCGAAAAUGCGAUUCGAACAUCACCAAUACAGUUCUGUUCAGUUAGUAUAACUAGCGUUACCAAUAAUAGUUCGUUGAAUACGAUGAUAGUGUCACUAAAUCGGGUACUAAACGUUGGAGAAGAUAAGUGAGAUUACUGUUAAUGAAAUUAGUCGUGCUCUGUAUGAUAGUCAGGAGAAUUGUCGCGUAAUUCUAGAUUCAAAACGUUCAAGAAAAAAAAUGUUGCUCUUUGUAAAAAAAAAGUAGUAGGAAAGCAGAGCAAGGAACAACAAAAGGAAUCGUAGUACGAGAACAUAUGAAAAUCGUUAUUAUCGAACGGUGUAGAUUUUUUACAUAGCCACUAACAGAUAAGUAAGAAUUGACGACAAAGCGAAUAAACUACUCAUGCAAGCAUAAUUGUUGAGUAUGUUAAGGCAGCAUCGGCAUAGCCUGUUUGAAAUAAAUUUUAUUUAAUGUUAUUAUAUCAAAGGUGCAUA